CUCCGCGCCACGGGUCCUGGGUUUCCAUUGCCACUCGAGCUUAGGCAAGCUGUCACUUCGGUCUUGUGGCUGGAGCUUGACGACGCGGGGAGGGUCUGUCUCUAGUAGACCGCAGACUAGGCACUGACUGCCAUGGCACCUGUGCUUAGCAAGGACGCGCCGGACAUCGAGAAUAUCCUGGCUUUAAAUCCUCGAACACAAACUCAUGCAACUUUGCGUUCCACUUCUGCUAAGAAAUUAGAUAAGAAACAUUGGAAAAGAAAUCCUGAUAAGAACUGCUUUAAUUGCGAGAAGCUGGAGAAUAAUUUUGAUGACAUCAAGCACACAACUCUUGGUGAGCGAGGAGCUCUCCGAGAAGCAAUGAGAUGUCUGAAAUGUGCAGAUGCACCUUGUCAGAAGAGUUGCCCAACUAAUCUGGAUAUCAAAUCCUUCAUCACAAGUAUAGCAAACAAGAACUAUUAUGGAGCUGCUAAGAUGAUUUUUUCUGACAACCCACUUGGUCUGACUUGUGGAAUGGUAUGUCCCACCUCUGAUCUUUGUGUAGGUGGAUGCAAUUUGUGUGCCACUGAGGAGGGACCAAUUAAUAUCGGUGGACUGCAACAGUUUGCUACUGAGGUGUUCAAAGCAAUGAAUAUACCACAGAUUAGAAAUCCUUCUCUACCACCACCUGAAAAAAUGCCCGAGACUUAUUCUACCAAGAUUGCACUUUUGGGUGCGGGCCCUGCAAGUAUGAGUUGUGCUUCCUUUUUGGCUCGAUUAGGCUACUCUGAUAUCACUAUAUUUGAAAAACAAGAAUAUGUUGGUGGUUUAAGUACUUCUGAAAUCCCUCAGUACCGACUGCCAUAUGAUGUGGUGAAUUUUGAGACUAGGCUUAUGAAAGACCUCGGUGUGAAGAUAAUCUGUGGUAAAAGCCUUGUGGUAGAUGAAAUGACUCUCAGCACAUUGAAAGAAGAAGGCUACAAAGCUAUUUUCAUUGGAAUAGGCUUACCAGAACCCAAUAAAGACAAGAUCUUCAAAGGCCUGACACAAGACCAAGGAUUUUACACAUCCAAGGACUUUUUGCCACUUGUAGCCAAAAGCAGUAAAGCAGGAAUGUGUGCCUGUCACUCUCCAUUGCCAUCGAUACGGGGAGCCGUGAUUGUACUUGGAGCUGGAGACACAGCUUUUGACUGUGCAACAUCCGCUUUACGUUGUGGAGCCUGCCGCGUGUUUGUCGUCUUCAGAAAAGGCUUUGUUAAUAUAAGAGCUGUCCCUGAGGAGAUGGAGUUGGCUAAGGAAGAAAAGUGUGAAUUUUUGCCUUUCCUGUCCCCACGGAAGGUUAUAGUAAAAGGUGGGAGAAUUGUUGCUAUGCAAUUUGUCCGAACAGAGCAAGAUGAAACUGGAAAAUGGAAUGAAGAUGAAGAUCAGAUAGUCCAUCUGAAAGCUGAUGUGGUCAUCAGUGCCUUUGGCUCAGUUCUGAGUGAUCCUAAAGUAAAAGAAGCCUUGAGCCCUAUAAAAUUUAACAGAUGGGGUCUCCCAGAAGUAGAUCCAGAAACUAUGCAAACCAGUGAACCAGGAGUGUUUGCAGGUGGUGAUAUUGUUGGCAUGGCUAACACAACAGUGGAAUCAGUGAAUGAUGGGAAGCAAGCUUCUUGGUAUAUUCACAAAUACAUACAGUCACUCUAUGGAACUUCAGUUUCUGCGAAACCCGAGUUACCCCUCUUUUAUACUCCUAUUGAUCUUGUGGACAUUAGUGUGGAAAUGGCUGGAUUGAAGUUUAUAAACCCUUUUGGACUUGCUAGUGCAACUCCAGCUACCAGUACAUCAAUGAUUCGAAGAGCUUUUGAAGCAGGAUGGGGUUUUGCCCUGACCAAAACUUUCUCUCUUGAUAAGGACAUUGUGACAAAUGUUUCACCCAGAAUCACCCGGGGGACCACCUCUGGCCCUGUGUAUGGCCCUGGACAAAGCUCCUUCCUCAAUAUUGAACUCAUCAGUGAAAAAACGGCUGCAUAUUGGUGUCAAAGUGUCACUGAACUAAAGGCUGACUUCCCAGACAAUAUCCUGAUUGCUAGCAUCAUGUGCAGUUACAACAAAAAUGACUGGAUGGAACUUGCAAAGAAAGCUGAGGCUUCUGGAGCUGAUGCCCUGGAGUUAAAUUUAUCCUGUCCACAUGGUAUGGGAGAAAGAGGAAUGGGCCUGGCCUGCGGGCAGGAUCCAGAGCUGGUGCGCAACAUCUGUCGCUGGGUUAGGCAAGCUGUCCGGGUUCCUUUUUUUGCCAAGUUGACCCCAAAUGUCACUGAUAUUGUAAGCAUCGCAAGAGCUGCAAAAGAAGGUGGUGCAGAUGGUGUAACAGCCACCAACACUGUCUCCGGUUUGAUGGAAUUAAAAGCCGAUGGCACACCCUGGCCAGCAGUGGGCAUUGGGAAGCGGACCACAUAUGGAGGAGUGUCUGGCACAGCAAUCAGACCUAUUGCCUUGAGAGCUGUGACUGCCAUUGCUCGUGCUUUGCCUGGAUUCCCCAUUCUGGCCACUGGUGGUAUUGACUCUGCUGAAAGUGGUCUUCAGUUUCUCCACAGUGGGGCUUCAGUACUACAGAUCUGCAGCGCUGUUCAGAACCAGGAUUUCACUGUGAUUGAAGACUACUGCACUGGCCUCAAAGCACUACUUUAUCUGAAAAGCAUUGAAGAACUACAAGAUUGGGAUGGGCAAAGUCCAGCUACCAUGAGACACCAGAAAGGGAAACCUAUUCCUCACAUUGCUGAACUCAAGGGGAAGAAACUGCCGAGUUUUGGACCUUACCUUGAACAGCGCCGAAAAAUCAUAGCCGAGAACAAGAUUAAGUUGAAAGAACAAAAUACACCGUUCCCACCACUUGAGAGAAACCACUUUACCCCCAAAAAACCUGUUCCUGCAAUCAAGGAUGUAAUUGGAAAAGCACUGCAGUACCUUGGAACCUAUGGUGAACUGAGCAACAUAGAGCAUGUUGUGGCUAUGAUUGAUGAAGAAAUGUGUAUCAACUGUGGUAAAUGCUACAUGACCUGUAAUGACUCUGGCUACCAGGCUAUACAGUUUGAUCCAGAAACCCACCUGCCCACCGUUACUGACACUUGUACAGGCUGUACACUGUGUUUCAGCGUCUGCCCUAUUAUCGACUGCAUCAAAAUGGUUUCCAGGACAACACCUUAUGAACCAAAGAGAGGUUUGCCUUUAGCUGUGAAUCCCGUAUGUUAAGGUGAUUUGAGAAACAGUUGCUGUGACCUUAAAGGUGACCUACAUAUGCUAGUCUACUUAAUUGUUAUCAUUAUAUGCAGCACUUUCCAAAUUAAAACAAAUAUGUAAUUUCUAAAUAAAAAUAUAAAUCCUGAAUUUUUUUCUGAAUUAAAAAUAGAAGUGCAAUGCCAGUGACCAUUAAUGAUCACAAAGAUUUUUUUCCCCCUGAGGAUAAAUGUUAAAUAACUAUAUAGCAAUUUAAUUAGAUGUCAGUUGUCCAUUGUGAAAAAUGAUAACUGUUUUGUGGCAAUUAAUGCAACAAUAUCUGAAUUUCUUUAUGCUGUCCUCUGUCUUUGAUUUCUAAUUGUAAAUGAAAUUAAAUAUUUUAGAACAAAGUACAAUUUAACAUACAAGAAAAUGUUUCCAAGGAAACAAUUUAUCAUUAAAAAUUGCAUUUAAUUCUAACGCUGUUUCUAAGCAAAUGUAAUUAGCUCUAUAAAGCACAAAUGAAAAAGUGAAGUAAUUAUUUACUACAGCAGGAAAAGAAAAGCCAAAAAGGGCUUGCAAAACUUUUUGUAAGUCCCCACAGGACUUACUUCUUUAUAGUACCAGAUAUUAAAAAAGCCUGCGUAGUGAGUAACCCUUCAUAUCACUCUGUGCUAUUCACCAUUCAGGUCUGCCAUGGCUUUCCAAACUCCACCAAUGCAUCAACAUGACACUUUUCUUUAAAUAUUUAAGCUGUUUCCUACAAAACGAGAUGUUAGGAAGGUCUCUAGUUAAGUACUCUUUUGCUGUGCACAGAUCCUCUCUAUCUGCUUUUAAUAGUAACUUUCAUGAUUAUAGCAAUUAAUGUCUGAACAAAGUGACACUGUACAGCACUGGACCAUGUGUUUCAUUUUUCAAGAAUGAAAAACUGCAAUAUUGAUAAUACAUGAUAAGUGUGCAAAGCAUGCUAGGCUACUUUAUUUUAGUGUGUUUCAUUUCAAAAGUAAUAGAAUAAAAAUUAAUUUUAAUAGUUGUCAAUUGGUAUUUUUAUAUUUCUCUGUUUUCAUAAUCAGCAAGUAACAUCACGGAAAUUCAUUUAUCUCCUUGGCAUAUUUUAAUAUGAAUCUAUAAGUAGUAAAUCUUUAAUAAUCUAUGCCAUAUUUCCAUGACAAUUGCAGAUGUAAAAAAAUGAAAUGUUUGAUUAUUCACUUUCAGAAAUGCACAUUUACCAAAAAUCUGUAUGCCUGAGUAAUAUCGAAUAAAAUUUCAUAAAACAUUUUAA